UCCAUGUUUGAUACCUGUAUCUCAAAGUAAGACGAUUGUUCGUAGUCCGUGGUCCUUAGUUUAAAGUCCGUUCCACUCUUAUCGUUUUCAAAAUUCCUCUACCGGUAGCGAGAAACCGCACCUAUCGCGCUGUCUGUUUACGCGGUUAGUCUUCUUUCUGACUGAACUCUACAUACUUGCAAGUUCUUUAAGACGAAAAAAGACUGAUUUAGACUCCUUAAACCUUGAUUCAGCUUGAAAAGAAUGGCAAGUGAGCCUCACGAGUGGCCUCAAGGUUAUGGAUAUCAACAACCACAGCAACCUGUCAUUCAACAACAACCAGGGGUCCCCGGACAAAUGAGUUGGAUGCCUGCACCUCAAGCACCAAUGGGCUGCCCUCAAGGACUGGAAUAUUUAUCGGCCGUCGAUCAAAUACUGAUUCAUCAACAGGUCGACCUUGUCGAAGUUUUGACUGGAUGUGAAAGAACCAAUAAGUACAGGAUUUGCAAUACCAUGAGUCAACAAAUAUACUUUGCUCUUGAAGACACAGACUGCUGUACUCGACAGUGCUGUGGUCCAGGUCGUCCAUUUGAGAUGAGAAUUGUUGAUAACAUGCAAAGAGAAGUGAUGCACCUCUCCCGCCCUGUGCGGUGCCAGUGCUGUUGGUGGCCCUGUUGUCUUCAAGAGAUUGAAAUACAAGCCCCCCCUGGAACAGUCAUAGGCUAUGUGCAGCAAAAGCCAUCUCCAUGGAAAAUAAAGCUAGAAAUUCAAGAUUCUCAGCAUCAGCACAUCAUGACAAUCAAUGGACCAUGCUGUCCUUGUGGCUGUUCAGACAUUGAGUUCCCUGUUUUUUCAGCUGACGGAAGCAGUGAAAUUGGAAUGAUAACCAAACAGUGGACCGGAUGUACCCGAGAGACAUUCACUGAUGCAGCAAACUUCGGCAUCCAAUUCCCUUUAGAUUUGGAGAUAAAGUUCAAAGCCAUUUUACUGGGAGCAGUCUUCCUUGUUGAUUUCAUGUUCUUUGAACGUGGCAGCUAAAUAUGAACAGAGGAUUGUUUAUUCAACAUUUCAAGGAUGGAAGGAACAGGAUUUGCCUCAAAAUCUUUACAAAUAUCGAAUUAUUUCAGAGCUCUUUGUUUUCUAUUUAAAUGACAAAAACUGGAUAAAUAUUUGGUUUUCUUGAAGUUUCUCUGGCAUGGUGAUGCACUUGAACAGAAUGUAUUUUCAAGGUUCUUUUGAUCCAUUAUGCUUGUAACAAAUAAUUUUAAGAGUGGCCACUGAAAACUAUUUACUGCUUUGAUUUUAGCAACAAUAUCGAUAAACCUCUUUGUACAAACAGGAAAACACUUUGUUUUAACAAAAAUGUCAUUUUUUUCACCACCAAAGUAAAAUUUCAUAUUAUAUGAUUUGGGAUGUAUUUAAAAGCAAAGAUUUUUGUGCUGGCCUUUGAGGGUCAAGAAUUUUUUUCAUUUAUUUCAAGAGAGAAUCAAACUCCUCUUAAUCAAUGUUGUACACAUAAUGUGCUUAUCCAAAUUUAUCUUAGUUAAUAUCAUCUUGUUGGUGGCAAAAUGGACCCUGCUUGGUCCAAUGACUUCCAUAUAUACAUUUAUAUUACUUCAAGUAAAAUCGCAGUUUUUAUUUUUGAUUUUCCCCAUCAUUAUAUCACCAAUACCUUUUCAAGAAAGAGUAGUCACUGUGUCAAUAUUUAUUGUGAGACCUUCAGUGGGCACUAAUAAUGACAUAUUUGUUAUAUUUGAAGUAUAAAAUGUUGUUAUAUAUUUAUUAAACUGGAAAUAAAAGAAAUUUGUUUUUCUUUUGAA